UAAGGUGUACCCUAAAAACUCCAAGUUAAUAAAGCAUUGUGGAUUUUGCUACGUACCCUACACUCGCGCCUUGCUACUUCUUCAACUUUGCAACCAACAAUUCGCGAUUUCUCUCUUUUCCACCGAUGCACCGUCUUGAUCGCGGUGAUGUUUGGAAGAACAAAGCUCGAUCCCUUCAAUUGCAGCUCAGGGAUCGAUUUAGAGUCGCCGUCGACCGACAUUGGCGCCGCCGCCAUAACCGUACAAUUUCCCCUGAUGCCGACGGUUACUUCUCCUCCACUCUUCAGCGUUGGCUUAACCGAAUUCGCGAUUUUCGUAGAGACUCGUUGCCUUCUUCCACCUCUUUCUAUCGCAAACGAGUGAUGAGGGAUUUUAGUUCUGAAGAAGAAUCAACAAUUCUUCGUAUGAUGCAAGCUGUUGCUGUUCCUAUACUUGGAAAUGUAUGUCACGUUUUCAUGAACGGAUUAAACCGUGUUCAGGUGUAUGGAUUGGAAAAACUACACACUGCAUUGCUGGAAAGACCCAAAGGCAAGCCUCUUCUUACGGUCAGCAACCAUGUUGCUUCCAUGGAUGAUCCACUUGUCAUUGCUUCGCUGCUUCCUCCACAAGUUCUUUUGAAUGCUAGAAACCUCAGAUGGACACUUUGUGCAACUGAUAGAUGUUUUAAAAACCCUGUAACUUCUGCAUUCUUUCGAUCUGUUAAAGUCUUGCCAGUCGCACGGGGUGAUGGAAUUUAUCAGGAGGGAAUGGAUUUGGCUCUUUCUAAAUUGAACAAUGGUGGUUGGGUCCACAUAUUCCCAGAAGGUAGUCGCUCCCGGGAUGGUGGAAAAACCAUGGGCUCUUGCAAGAGAGGUGUUGCCAGGUUUGUCUUGGAUGGAGAUAGCAUGCCUGUUGUUAUCCCAUUUGUACAUACAGGGAUGCAGGAGAUUAUGCCAAUAGGUGCCAGCAUUCCCAGAAUUGGAAAGAUGGUUACUGUAAUCGUGGGCGAUCCUAUAAAUUUUGACGAUAUACUAAACAUGGAGAAAGGCCCGGACGUGCCAAGAAAAAGACUGUAUGAUGCAGUAGCGGCAAGAAUUGGUGAUCGGUUGUAUGAACUGAAGGCCCAAGUCGACACUUUAGCAAUGGAACAAGAAACGCGGUUACAAGAUCGCUCUCCACACAGCUCCGAACGAGUGUCUGGAAUCUUGCAGCAGGUUGAUUGGGAAUUAUUUGGAAUGAAUGACUUCCUAUCUUCUGCUGAUGACGAUUCCAUGCAGACACCAGAAACAGUUGUCCUCCCAAAUACCAGUGUUUCUGAACAGCAUCAGCAAUCACAUAGUAAGAGAGUGGGUUUCUCAUACAGGAUGCGUGGUUAUAUGGAUCAGAUGGAACUAAUGUCAUUUGCUGCCAGAGGCUUAUUUAUGAAUAACAAUGAAACUAAGGACUCUUCUGGCUUUAGUAGAGAGAUACGCCCUUUGAAGGCAUGGAAACAGUUUUUUGAUGCUCAUGUUUUGAAGCAGUGGAAUUACAGCAUGUAGAGUGUAAAUUUUGUUAGUGAACGGUUAAAUGCAGUGGAAUUUAUUAGAAUUUGUAACUAAAAAACAACAACCAAGCCUUAUCUCACUAAGUGGGGUCGGCUACAUGGAUCAAAUGAUGGCAUAGUGUUCUAUCAUACACCAGAUUUGGAUCCAACUCAUUGACCUUUAAA